AUUGAAUUGAAGUGAAAACUUAUAGGACAAUUCAAAUCAAAUAUUAGCAUUAUAAUACAAUGUCGAAACAUAAAGAUAAAGAUAAGGAUCGUAGCAGAGAUGAUCGACGUUCACGGGAACGAGAUAGAGAUAGAGAUCAUCGCAAAAGAUCCAGAGAACGCAGCAAAGAAAGAAGUCAUCAGAAAAAGUCUAAGGAUCGCUCCAAACGAAGUCGAUCGCGAAAAUCAAGCCGUAGAGAUCGUUCAAGGGAUCGAAGCAGGGAUCGUUCGAAUCGCAAGGAAAGGAGCAGAUCAAGAGAUUCACGACGAAGUCGUUCUUAUGAAAGGUUACAUCGUAAAAUUAACAGUCCUCCAAAAUCUUCUGUUAUGAGUUCAAUGUCUGCAGUAUCAAGAAAUUUAGAAAUUACUCCUUCACAACAAGCUCAAAUAACACAGUUUUUGUCAGCAUCUCUGUCAAAUUUAACUCCUCAGCAAUCGGCAGUUCAUUCACUGGCACAUUUCUCGGCAAUUCAACCUGACACUUCACUUCGUACCGAUUUUAGUAAUCUUUUCCAGAGUACAUCAACCAACUUGCAAGUCGCCUCUGUCCCAAACAGUGCGGCACUGAAAAUUGCAUCUGAAAAAGCUAAAAACUUACUUAAAGCUAAAAACUUGACUGAUACACUAAAAUUAGCAAACCACGGAAAUAGCAUAGCAUCAAACGGAAAUGAUUCAAGUCAUGAUGGUGAGGAAUUCAGAUCUGGAAGUUGUGAUAACAGUGUUAUUUGUGGAGAUGCAAGUAAUAGUGGUGGUGAUAAAAAACGAAAGAAAAAAUCUCGUUGGGCCACGUCAACCGAUGGAGCUGAAGGAAAAACAUUUAUUAAUGGAAUGCCAACUGUUCUCCCAUCAAACUUGAAUCCAGAUCAACAAGAAGCAUAUUUAGUUCAACUUCAAAUUGAAGAAAUCAGCAGAAAAUUGAGAACAGGAGAUUUAGGAAUUUCGCUCAACCCUGAAGAAAGAAGUCCCAGUCCUGAGCCAAUAUAUAGCACUGAUGGUAAACGUUUGAACACUCGUGAAUUUCGUACUCGAAAGAAAUUGGAGGAACAGCGUCAUUUGUUAAUAACACGAAUGCAAUGUAUGAAUCCAGAAUUUAAGCCACCAGCCGAUUACAAGCCUCCAAUUACACGGGUUAGUGAUAAGGUAUUAAUUCCUCAAGAAGAAUAUCCUGACAUCAAUUUCGUAGGAUUAUUAAUAGGACCACGAGGAAAUACAUUAAAAGCAAUGGAAAAGGAAACUGGUGCAAAAAUUAUUAUAAGAGGCAAAGGAUCAGUAAAAGAAGGAAAGGUUGGAAGAAAAGAUGGACAACCUUUGCCUGGCGAAGAUGAACCUCUACAUGCUUUUAUUACUGCAAAUAAUCUUGAAUCGGUUAAGAAAGCAGUAGACAAAAUUAAAGAGGUUAUAAAGCAAGGAAUUGAAGUUCCAGAAGGAAGUAAUGAUUUACGAAGAAUGCAAUUGCGUGAACUGGCACAGUUAAAUGGAACUUUGAGAGAAACCGAUGGACCUCGUUGUACAAAUUGUGGAAGUUCAGAACAUAAGAGUUUUCUGUGUCCAGAUAAACCAAAUGUAACAAAUAAUAUAGUUUGUUCAGCUUGCGGAUCAGCUGGUCACAUUUCGAAAGAUUGUAAAUCAAAAAGACCUGGACUUGGUGGAAUAGAGGGAUCAAAUAAUCAAGCAAAAAUUGACGAAGAAUAUAUGAGUCUUAUGGCUGAACUUGGAGAAGCUCCCCAAGAAACAAUAACUCCACGUGAAGCUCUGGUUCCACCACUUCCCACCCAAAAGCCAUCAUUUAAUAUUUUCGAUAACCCGAGACAUCAAUCGAGACCUUUAUCAAACCUUAACAAUAACAUCAAUAAUAAUGGAAAUAUGCUUACUCAAGGUCCUUCAGUCGCUCCACCACCUCCUUGGCAUCAACACCCUCCGCCACCAGUACAACCACAUCCACAUCCAAUGGGUCAAUAUCCUCCUUUGCCGGGUCAUCAUCCGUGGCUGACUUUACCACCUUUACCUGGAGAAUAUUCUGGACAUCAAAAAAUGAAUAUUCCUCCACCUCACAUCAUGCCACCAUUACAAAAUCAACAACCAUUGAUGAUUCCACCACCUCCAGGAACUGAUGUUUUGCCGCCAGGUACACAUCCCAUCACUUUCAAUAGUUUUGAUGACGAGCGUUUUGGAAAAAAGGGCCAGCCACCAUUACCUAGUUUUUUGCCUCCACCUCCUCCUCCUGAAUAGACGCAUUUUUCUGCAAUUAUUUUAAGUCACAAUAAGUGUUGUUGAAAAUAAUAUUCAACAUUUAAAACACAACAACAGCAACAAACAAGCGAAAUGACUUUUUAAUACUUUCUUUGAACUACGAUUUAUUAUUAUUCAUUUUUCUCUCAAAUUUAUACCACUUAGAAAUUGGCCUUAA